GUUUAUUUACCCAGAUAUUUCAUUUCUUUGAAUUUAUCUAAUUAUGUUUGGCCCUCUAGAAUUUUCUCCAACUGUCAAAGAAAUAUCCGAUCAAUAUGGAAAAAUUGAAAGAUAUGAAGUCGGUUGUCUUUUAUGCUCCAGUACCUUUAACUUCCCAUCUGAAAAGGAUGUAUGUUUAGGUCACAUUUUUGAAUCUCAUAAAAUAAUAAUAGCAGAUGUUCACCAGAUAGGGAAUUUAAAAAAGUAUUUAGAAUUUUGGAAACAACAAUUUUCAGAAGCUCCCAUUACAGAAUUCUGUUCAACUAUUGUUGCAGAUAUAAAAAAAGAUGGUUUACCUCUUAAAGACAAAGAGUACUUUUUAUUAUCAGAUGUGCACGAUAAGGAUAAAUUUAUUCGAGAAAAACUUCAAACAGAAUUGCUUGAAAGUGCCUUAGAUCAACAAAAAUCAGAGAGAGAGGACACAAAUUAUAGUCAUGGUUGUCUCUUUUGUCGUCAGAUUAUAGAGCCCACAAGAUCUGAAUAUUUGAUUCACCUUUCAACACAGCACAAUUUACAAUUAGGGAAACCAGAAAACCUCGUUUAUGUUGAUGAACUAAUUGAAAUUUUGGAACAAAAAAUGGAAAAGUUGCAAUGCAUUUUUUGUGAACGAACUUUCAAAGACAGAAAUGUCCUCAAAGAGCAUAUGAGAAAAAAGAUGCAUAAGCGAAUCAAUCCCGAUAAUAAAGUUUAUGAUCGGUUUUACAUUGUCAACUACAAGGGAUCUGAAAAAAGUUGGAAGAAAGAAAAGAAGAGGCGAGACAGUGCUGAAGAUGAACCUUGUGAUUGGUCAGAUUGGCAGGAAACUCUCACACUUUCUAUUGUUUGCCUGUUCUGUGAAGAAUCCUUUUCUUCAUGGGAAAAUGUUUUAAAUCACAUGAUCCAUGUACACAAUUUUAAUUACGAAGAUAGUACCUCUGAAAUGGAUUUUUAUGAACAGGUAAAACUUGUGAAUUUUAUCCGUCGUCAGCUGUAUAGGAAUAGAUGUAUUAAUUGUGAUAAUGAGUUUUCUAAUCGAGUUGAGACUCUUGAACAUAUGAUAUCGCAGAUCCACAAUAUAAUGCCUUCUAAAGACUUAUGGAACCAACCUGAGUUUUAUUUCCCUACUUAUGAAAAUGAUGCUUUUCUUUGUCAAAUUGAAGAUGGAAUAAAUGAUAACGAGGAAGAACUCAAUUCUGAUUUGUCAGAAGCAUUGUCCGAAAUAAAUUCUCUUACCUCUCUAGAACAAGAGUGACAUGAAAUUUUAACUAGAAAAGAAAUUGAAAUUGUAAAUACAUAGAUAAAUUAUGUAAAAAUACUAUUGUAAAAUAUAGAUCUGCCUAUAAAAUUAUUAUGAGAAUGAAAAUACUAUUACAUCGCAUCACGAUUUUUUUAUAGGUUUAAAACAUGCUCGUUAUUUAUUUUAUAACAAUUCACCAUAUGUUUUCUUAAUGCUUAUAGUCAUUUUUUACAAUGUAUUCAGAAUAUAUUUUAAUAUUUUAACACAUCACUUUGAAAUUAAUAAUAUGGAAAAAUUGAUUGACUGGUUUAAGAAUUAAUAAAUAUAUUUAUAUAUUUUUAUCUAUCAA